UUUGAACGCGGUUUUUUCCAUAAUUCCAUGGAAAAUUUUUAAAUCCAUGAACACAAUUUGAAAGCUUUCAAAUCUCUCAUCUUUAAUGGAUCAAAACGUGGCAAGACGGUAAAAUUUAAAUAAGCAUACGGUAAAAACGCCUCCAGGCAACUUUAACCGCUCAGACUAGAAAAACAUUGGUACACAGUAAUAAAAAAAAUCGAUAUUAUUUAAACUGAAAGCUGACCAAUUAAGCCACUAGUCUGCAAAUUCGACCAGAUUGUCUUCAUUUGCUUUUACAGCGAAACAACUUAGAACCAAAAAAUGCAGCGCUUAUCAAACGAACCAGCUCGAAAUACUUUCGACCCAAAUCAUUCAUUCGAUCUUUCUAAAUCUUCCAACAUUGAUACAAAAACCAAUUUAGAACUAUUUCCAAAUCGGUCCCUCGAUUAUCGAAAUCAGUCGCGCGUCACUCAUCGCUACGACGAACGAAAAGUUGUGACUCGAUUCGCCGAACUCACCGCUCUCAGUGCUUCCAACGACGCCCUGCAGGAACUGUCAACAGACACGACAUGGUGGCAGACUGAACGAGCAGUUACCUUAUACGGUAACCUAGAAAAUGACGUCAGCGAGAAGCUGCUGCCAAGUCGAAAGGAGUUGGCGGGAAGUGAGCAGUACGAAGUCGGUAGCGAUGACGUAAGAGAGUAUGAGUCAUGGGCGACAUUCAGACAAGAGCACAAGUGCAUUACCUCUAUUCCGCAGUCGCACUUCGACUGUGCCAUCAUGCAAUUCCAGCAGACCGUUCACAACAUCCUGCGCCAGUUAGACGAAGAUGUGAGCCAAUUGUCUGUUAAAAUGCAGAGGAGAAUUGGAGCUAGUGAGGGGGAGUUCGAACAGAUCAUCGAUGCCGCAUACCCAUCAUGCACUGAGGUGCAUCCCUACUUGGCCAAGACGACAAUUGCCACCAACAAUCUGUGAUGGAUGCGAACCACGCAACAUCAGCAUGAAAACACACCAAGAGCGAUAACAUGCUCCCAAAGCUUAAACAAGGUUUUAUGUGUUGGAUGCAAUCCAAAAAACUAGCCAACAGUUAUUGAGUUCGCUUGGUCAAAAACAACCCAUAAGAAAAUCGAAUUAAAUGAACUAAUUAUAUAGAGAGAAGAACUCUACCAGGGAAAAACAUCCUAAUAAUUCUGCAAUAUUAUAUCUAGACUCUUCUCUUUGCACUUUCUCACUCAUUUCACUCAUCACACCCCUCUACUUCCCCUUCCCUUUUCCACUCCCAUUCAUCUUUUGAAUAUUUCAUUUGAAGCUCGAAAUUUAGAGAACUGCAAAACAGGUGUUCAUUGGUAAAAGCGCCUUAAACAGCAGUAUGUAACCUUUUUAUAUUUGUACUAAAACGCUUUGAAUU